AUCCCUGGAUGAUGUUCAUUGCAGAUCACGAUGCCAUGGCUCAUUUCUGAGCGCGGGCAACACACCAGUUGGCUAGUCUGGCUAGCAGCUAUUCUGUGUGCUAUCCUAGCAAUAGUUGUUAUUAUCACGGGUAUCGUCGUGCUCGCCAUCUACCUGAUCUACCAGCCUAGGAUGCCAUGCCAUCUUCUCCGACCAGACUUAUUCGAUCUCAAUUAUCUCUUCCAGUCAUCACCGAUCCCACUGGACGAGGUGGCAAUGGAGACCAUGGACAUGGCACUGAAAAAGGGUGUCAUACCAUUCGACCUCAACGGACAAGCAAGAACCCGGUGGAGGGUGGGGAUAUUUCUCUCCCUCACGUUCUGGACACACCCCUCAUGCCAGCUCCAUUUCUUCUGGCCAAACGGGAGCACCAUCAACUUGGACUGCAGUUCCAAAUCCCACUGAUGUCUAUUCAAAUACAUGGUGAAGUAGUUCUUUCUGUUCCUCCCUCAACAUCCAGAUUAUAUCUCCCUUAGAUAUCUGAAAUUGUAUGUUAAUUAGAAGCAUCUGCGUCUUGGUUGUGGAUAGGUCCUUUCACUAGAAUAGAGAUACAUAUACGGUGUAGAUUAUACUUGUGGAGAUUGGAAGUUGAAGUAGUGAGAGG